AUGCCAGUUGUUCAAUUGCAAAAGAGAAUUUUCAAUGAAGUACCGGUAGAAAAGGAGAUUUUUCAGAAUAUAGUAACAUUGAAGCAUAUUACCAAUCUAGUGUGGUAUAACAAUGAUGAUCAGGUCACUAAUUUCACAAUAAAGGCUAUGCUAAGUGAUGCUGAUUCUAGAUUUGGUUGGUGCUAUUUGUCUUGCAAUUUUUGCAAGAAAAAGAUCCCAGAGAAUUUGUAUUGUCAGAAAUGCAGAAAAGAAUUGAAAUUCCCACAGAUGAGGUACAACAUAGAAAUGAAAGUGACAGAUGAAAGUGCAAAAACAACUUUUUUGUUGUUUGAUUCAAUAGCCCAGAAAUUGAUUGGACUAUCUUGCUAUCAAUUGCUGAACAAACAAGAGAAUGACAUAUUUUCAGGGGAAUGA